CUGGCCCUGAGGGCGGGAAACGAGAAGGAGGAAGGCGAGACGGCUGACACGGUGGGCUGCUGUUCUCUGCGAGUAGAACACAUCGCUCUGCACUCACGGCAGGGCGGCAAGGAGAACGUGGUGGAGUUUGACUUCCUGGGCAAGGACUGCAUCCGUUACUACAACAAGGUGUCCGUGGAGAAGCAGGUGUUCAAGAACUUGAAGUUGUUCAUGGAGGAGAAAGAACCUGGUGACAACCUGUUUGAUAAGCUUUCUACAGCAAUGCUGAACAAACAUCUCCAGGACCUGAUGGAUGGGUUGACAGCAAAGGUCUUCCGCACUUACAAUGCGUCCAUCACGCUGCAGGAACAGCUGGAAGCACUGACCAAUGAGAAGGACUCCCUGGCUGCUAAGCUCCUGUCCUACAACCGAGCCAACCGAGCCGUGGCCAUUUUGUGCAACCAUCAGCGAUCAACUCCAAAGACCUACGAGAAGUCCAUGAAGAACCUCCAGGCAAAGAUAGAUGCCCGAAAGGAUCAUCUGGCCGAUGCAAAAGCGAGGCUGAGAAAGGCCAAGGCAGAACACAAGUGCAAGAAAGAGGCGAAGUCAAGAGCUGCCGUCGAAAAGAAAAAGAAACUGGUGAAGAAGAUCGAAGAACAGCUGGCGAAGCUGAAAUUGCAGGCUACUGACAAAGAGGAAAACAAGCAGAUCGCUAUGGGCACCUCUAAGUUGAAUUACCUGGACCCCCGCAUCACCGUGGCCUGGUGCAAACGGUUUGAUGUGCCCAUCGAAAAGGUGUACAACAAAACUCAGCGAGAGAAGUUUGCGUGGGCCAUUGCGAUGGCGGAGGAAGAUUUUGUAUUCUAAAGGGAUCUAGGCUGCUCCCGGCUUGUUGUGGGGUCGCUCGUUGGCAUGUUUUUGUGUGCCUUUACUAGCAGGGAGGGCUGUUUUGCACCUACAAAAUACAUCUAAAGGAGAACGGAGAGCCUGUUGUUUCUACUUCUGUGUAAAAGGGAGACCGCCCUGCUUUAUUUAUUUAUGAGUAGCAUUGGUUCUCCAUCCUGGUCUGUGAGGAUGCUGGACCACUCACAAGAAGAAUAGUUCUGGAACAGGAUUAGUCAGUGUUCUCAUAGCUUUCUCUUCUAGGUUUCUCAGGGAUGGUCGCGGCACGAGAAGAUCCAACUGUCUUGAACUAAACCAGGAGUCUUCAAACUCAACAGCUUUAAGACUUGUGGACUUCCACUCCCAGAAUUCCUCCUCCUUCAGUUAUGUUAGCUCAGGAAUUCUGGGAGUUGAAGUCCACAAGUCUUAAACUUGCCAAGUUUGAAGACCCUUGAACUAAACCUUCAGCUUCUUUCCCCAAGACUUUUAGGAAAAGCCCCUCAUGAAUUGGAAGGUUAGGUUGGGUAAUGUAUUGUAAAACUCAACUUCUUGAGUUCUUGUACACCGCUGUUCAUUGAAGGCCAAGUUCUUGAUGUCCUUGAGAUAUGGUGGACCACCAACACAAAAGAAAGGAGCUAAAGAUCUUUGGAACAAUUUGUUACAUCUAGAGGAUCUCUAGUGCAGGGAAAGGCGUAUCACCGUCAUGUUCCCUUGGCUCAUUCAAUGUUGUCUUCUAAUACUUUGAGGAGACACAUGGAACCCAGGAAGAAAAGAGACUUGUAUGCCAUGUGAUGCAUUUUCUAACUUUCCUCCUUCUUGGGUGCUCCUCACCACCUGAAGUCCUCACCCUUUAGUGGGGAAUCUCAAACAUCAGCUAGAACCAGUUGAGUGGCUUCUUUUGGGAGAAAAGACACAGAGGGAGAUCCCUCCAUCCUUAAUUGGACUGUGGUCAAGAUGUCAGCAGAGGUGCCUUCAAAAAUCUGGAUUAGAAGAAGAGUAACUCAAGACUGUUCUACACACAGUUUUGGCACACACACUAACGAGAAGUUAAAUUUGUCACCGAGUAUUUGUAGUAGUCACUGUGCAAAAUUAUUCCAGUCAGGAAAGAUUUGUGGAUGUUACCGUGAAAAACAUCUUAGCAGUAAACAUCUACAAUUCAUGGCCAGCCUAUGAUGGUUUGGUUUAGUACACAGUGUAGCAAAUGCUAGACUUUAAAACCAACGAAGGACACAACAUUUACACCAGGGUUAGGCAACUAUGACCCUUUUACCUCAGCAUGGCUCAGGAAUUCUGGGAGUUGAAGUCCACAGAUCGUAAAGAGGCCAUAGUUACUCAACCCUGGUCUAGACUGCCAACUUCUUGAGUGACGAAUUCCAGGGUGUAUCUGGGACCAUUGGUAGGUGGAAUCUACUAAUGGCUCCAUUCCCUGCAGAAUUAAUAUUCUGGGUCAUCUAAUGAGUUCAGGUUGCUAAUCUUCCCACAAAAAUGAGGGCGGUGGUAAUUGUAGGGUUAAAAUGUUUCAAUGCCACAGACUAAACAUUCAUCGGUUUUACUUGUGGGCACGCACAUGCCUUAUUUCAAUUCUGUUUCCUUAAUUCACCCCUUGAAGUGGGUGCCCCCAGCGAUUAAAAGUAUUCUUAGAUCUAAUCUUUCUAGGGACACUUUCAGGUUUAUUGGGUGUUUUUCUGAGAACAAGAUAAGGUGGCAUUACAAAACAAAUAAUAUUUGAGUUUCUGAUUGUGGGCUGUUAAUCAAAAUGGAAAAGAAUUCGCCCCAGAAUCAGUUUGCUUACCUGGUAAAGCAUAAGAGAAAAAAAUAAACAAACUUUUUCUAGUUCAGUGGCCAUCAUAGGAAUGAAUCCUGCUGAUUGGGGGUGAUGGGGACUUGUAUCCAAGACAGAAG